CUUCACCCCCUAUCACCCCCUAUCACCCCCUCAAACUCAAGAAGUAUCUAUCUCAGAGAUGAAUUCGAUUUCUCCGAAUUAAUCGGCUGCCAUGGGCGGACAAUCCACCGUUCUACCGCUCUACCCCGGUUCCUUUCCCCCCACACCUCAUGCAAUGCGGCCGCCGCAAUCCCUCCGCCGGCGGGGCAACUAAUGAUGAUGAUGAUGAUGAUGAUGAUGAUGAUAAUAAUAAUGAUAAUGAUGCCCAAAACCGGCCUAGCUGGCUGCCACACACAUUGCGCAGGCCAUACCUACUUACUCUCUCGACUGUCCUGCUGUUGAUUGCCAUCGCUGUUGAGGUCCUCCGUCAAUAUUCCACUCGCCACAAUGGUGUCGCCCAAUACAAACAGAAGGAAGACCUUUCUACCUCCAUGUGGCGGGCUUGGGCAGAUACGCCCACCAUUGUCGGCCUGGUCGCCGUAGUCCUUUGGGAACCGUACUUCCAGCUGGCUGAUCCUAAGGGUGCCUCCGCCAGUGUUCUCUUUACCAAUUACAGCUUCGAUCCUGGAAUCCUCGCCCCUAUUCGUGCCCUUCGAAACCGACAUUGGAUCGUGCUAUGCGUUUCCCUGAUGUCUUUGGCAAUACACCUCCUCGUGGCCUCGUUGCUCUCGGGUCUUACCAAGACCCUCGAUAGCUGGCCAUACCUGGUUGAUCUGGAAACUCAGGACAAUUGCUCUCGUGACAAUGACCCCGGACCGAACAAAACCAUGGCCUAUGCCGUGGCUCCCGUAACUUUCCCACCGGACUACAGUAUGGAAUUUUCCACCCUGAGCAUAAGUCAGUCCGUGUAUUGGUCCGACCUGACGUGCGUCAAUGCGACUGUGACUGGGGCAGUACCGAGCACAAUGAAUGUUUCUUCGGCCGAGGAUUCGUUGAGCGACCAGGGCAUGUCGACAGCCGCCACCUGUGAGAUCGGUAUUGCGCUCAACACCUCUGCUCCGCUCGGGGACGGGGGCUUUCAAGCACGCUAUUGGGAACCCGUACAGUCCCAACCCGCGCCUGUGUCUCGACCUGCCUUCAUUGCGACCGGCUGUCCCUCCACCGGUCUGCUCGGUAUAAUAAUUGACAUGGAGAGUAUGGCCGGGACACCGUUGGGCUCGAAUCUCACCUUGUUUGCGUGCCAGCCACUUUACAGGCAGGCGAUCGCUAAUGUGUCUUUCACGGACAGGUCCAUCGGGGAUUUGGGUGAAAAGGAUUUCAGCGGGCACGGGUUCCAGAGCUUGAUGUCCGCGGAGCAUACUCGCACAGGCGAAUCAUGGAACGAAAGAAUCAGCAUCGAAGCUGUCGGCCGUACAUGGAACCACAGAUUUACAAACGCGAUCGAUAGACUCUUCGACCAACAGGCGGAGGCAGUGCGAAUCGAUGCCAUCCUGAUGACGUACUCAGUGGCCGUGGCGGUGGUCCCUCGCGCGGCUGUCCUUGUCGAAACCAUCAUGUUUUCAAGCUUUGCCCUAGUCCUUGCUCUGAGUUUCAUAUACCCACGUCGGCUUAGCCUCCUUGAUCGCGAUCCCGGCUCUAUUGCUGCGCAGUGCGAUUUGAUUGCCCGCCUGAUCGAUCCCGACACACUCGGUACUCUGUCCCAACCGAUCUACCAUGUCUCACGGACCCGACAACUUCGCAAAUGGGCCAAGGGGCUCUGGUGUAGGUGGAUUCCAGGGUCCAAUGGUCGCCGCCUUGAACUGUCUCUGAUAGAUGGGUCUCCUGCGAAGAUGGGACCGCCACCAGCUGCCUCCAAACGCGGAGAUCCAAUGCCGCACUUCUUAACUCUUCCAUGGUUUGUGACGGAAUGCGUUCUUCUUAUGGGCGCUGUCACCGCAACCGGCCUGACGUUUUCAUGGAUCCGAGUCCGCGUGUUAAACACAAUGAACACCACUGAAUAUCUGUUCGCGGCGGCUUUCUUAGUCUAUGGCCCCACCAUGAUUGCUUCAGUGGUACGCUCGCUCAUCAACUCCCUGCACCGCCAUUUGAGCGUCGCAGAACCAUGGAUCCGAUUACGACAAGGGAUGAUGCCUUCAAUGCCGCUAUCCGCGCCAGCGCGAUCAGGGCCACGGCCCUCCCUCUCUACGUUCGGUCUGUCAUUGGUCUGCGUGCUCAAUCUGAUUCUUGUCGUUGUUACUGGCGGUCUAUUUGAGCCGCAAAUCAACACUUACUUCGCAUCCUCCAGCGUUACCACCUCAUACACCGAUUCAACCUUCGCCGGCCCGACUCUUACCUCGGACUUUCACAGUUUCGACCGCAGUAUAUACCUUCUGACAAUGAAUCACUCGCGCCUGUCGUGGACUACAAGGGAUCUCUCAUUCCAGCCGUUUGAAAUGGAUAUAGACGAGGGUGCCGUCGGUGUGGUAUUCAAUGCCAUGAUUCGUGGAAUCGGCACCACUCUGUCGUGCGACGAAUUGCCGUUCAACUAUGCAACUAUCGACAACUACACUACGACGGUAAAUUGGGCUUACCCUCUUUCACCAGAUACUCAGACCACUCAAUGCAACGUCCAUCUUCCUCUCGUUUCUCCCGACCCCACGCGACCAACAAUCCAGUAUGCGUGGCCCAACAACUCCGACUGCCAGAGAAGCGGGUUCUUCGUCUCCGCCACCAGCCUACCCACCGACAACCAUACAUCGACAGCGCUGCACUGCACCCCUCAGCUUCACACCCGAUUCUUCGAGGUCCAAGUCGACCCCAGUGGCCAUAUUCUGCAACACGCCGCUGUCCCUCAUACAGCUCCGCUCACCACCGGGCCCUUUUACGCCAACCUCACCACCGCUCUGGGCCUCUUCAACCAGAAUCUCGGCUCCUUUGUCCACAAUAUCUCAACCCAGCCGCUCCCGUACUACCUCUCCUCAUUCCCCAACCACCAGACCACCCAACUAUCCCAGACCAUCCAGCAGACAGACCCCACCAACACCACCCAAGCCCUCACCACCGCGAUUCAAACUCUUUACCAAUCCACCUUCGCAACCUACCUCACCCUGAACCGCGACCUCCUCUUCCCCCGCGGCCCGAUGGUGCAAAUCCCGGGCGUGAUCAAAUACACCUUUUGGGGCUUCAUGCCCUCGAGCACCACCAUCGUCAUCACCAUCGUGAUCUUAUCGAUCGACGUCCUCGCGCUGGUGACCGUGUUCGCGUGCUACUUCGGGCGGUACGAUGCGCCUCGGAUCCCGAAGGCGAUUGGCUCGUUGAUUCCCUGGGUAGGCGGGCCGGAGGGGGCGAAGCGGUUAGCAAAUAUGGGGGGAAACGGUGAUGAUGAGGAGGGCCGGCGGUACCGUUUCUGGUCUCAAACGGAUUCGGAUGGGCAGUUGAGGUGGAUUCUGGGGGAGAUUGAUGCGGCAGAAGUCCUUCCCGUCAAAGCAUGA